AUGGCUGCGCUACGUCGACUAUUGUUCGGCUUUUUAGUGGCAGCAUUAUGCAUUGCAUCGGGCUUUGCGCAAGAUAAGAAGUGGGAGGACAUUGCCACUUCAAUGCAAGAUCUCCUUGACGCCAUACGCGCUUCUCAUGAAGAUUAUCUCGCCGACUCAGGCUCGAAGCUUGGCCGGAGAGAUGCUGGGGUCAAGUUCGGCCGGUCGAGUUAUUGGCGACCAUUGGCGCCAUCCCAGCGGCCAUCAUCGGCAGAAGAUUUCUCAGACCAGUUGUCGCAGCUUGUGUCGAGCCUUGGGAGCUCACUGGAAGAGUUGAUCCAGUUGCUAGCCUCGCACUUUGACAUCGACGCGUCGCACCUUAGGCCAGAGACAUCGCGGUCGGCCAUUCUCCCUAUCACACUCUGGACAACACAGGCCCCUUCUACAGCAUCCUCAGCUAGCCACGGCGCUGUGACAACGAAAACCGGCGGCACAACCUCCCAGACGCGGGCAGUAUCAUCCUCCACGGCCUCGUCACCAAUGGCGACUUCCACCUUCAACCCGCAAGCAUCAGAUCUCAACGUCGUUUACUAUUCGCAGACGGAUCUGACUCCAGUGAUUUCCCUAGACCGAAUCUGCGAGGACGACUCUGUCGAUAUGGUCAUCAUUGCCUUCGUCACCGCGCUCUUCAGUGGUGGAGGAUACCCUGCCAUGAACAUGGCAUCGAAUUGCUGGGCACCCAACGCUGCACAACAAGCCGCCGGAGCCACCAAACUGCUGGAUUGUGUGGGAGAUGGUUUCGCCAACAAGGUUGCUAGGUGUCAGAACAAGGGCAAGAAAGUCCUGCUCAGCCUCGGCGGAUACUAUGGUUAUCUGAGCAUGGCGGACGAAAGCAGGGCCGUCGAGGCCGCACAUAUGCUCUGGAAUCUGUUCCUGGGAGGCUCUGAUCCCAAUUCGCAACCUCUCCGACCCUACGGGAACGUCGUUCUGGACGGUAUAGAUAUCGACAACGAAACUCCAUCCGACUCAUCCCUUCUGCCAAUAUUAGCUUCAACGCUCCGCCAGCUCUUCGCCAGUGACUCUUCGAAACCAUACUACCUGUCCGCGGCACCACAAUGCCCAAGACCCGAUGCAUCGAUCCCCGUGCCCCAGCUGCUGAACUACAUCGACUUCUUCAGCGUCCAGUUCUACAACAACCCAUCCUGCCAAUUGAGCAGCACAGAUCAAGGAUUCUUCACGUCACUCCAGGCCUGGUCGGACGACUUACUCGCCCUGGACGGGGCCACGGUCACGCCCACCGGCUCAGGAACUCACCCCCCGGGUUCCCGAGACCUCACGGACGUGAGAGAACACAGCAUGCGCAUCCGGCCCAAACGCCAACCACUUACCGGCCCCUCAUCCAGCUUCGUCAAUACCCACAACGGAAUCACCGCGCCGCGUCUGCUGAUCGGCACCCCGGCCUUCCCCGGCGCAGGCAGCGGCUUCGUCGACGUCGCCACGUACAAGGGGAUCCUGCAGCGCGUCAAGACCCUGGCGUUGCCGAAUUUGGCCGGCGCCAUCUUCUGGGAUGGCGCGUAUCAGGAAGUCACUGGGCAAGUGAUCGAUGGCAGUGGUCUGAAUACCACGUUUGCCCAGGUGGUCAAGAACGUGUUGGGUUGA